AUUCAUGGUCAAGCUGACGGCCGGGGCGGCGGGCUGGGGCAGUCGCGAUUGGCCAGAGAAGGGCGGGCGAGGGAGGCGCUCCGGGCCAGCCCGGCUGGCAGGGCAGUGCAGUGCAGUGCAGAGACCGCGCCUCGCCGCUACUGGGGCAACGGCGUCUCUUUGGCUCUGUGUACGACGCGCGAGCUGAUCCUGAUUGGUUGAGGCGCGGGUUGAGAAAGAGAAUAGCAAAGAAACGGACUCGGGGUAGCGGCGGCAGCAGCAGCAGCAGCAGCAGCAGCUUCCUCUGCGUCUUCCUUCCUUGGCGGGAGCCGCUUCGCGUGCCAGCUCCCGGCGACUCUCCUCCCAGCUCCGCCUGCCACAUCGCCGCCGCAGUUUGAGCGGACACAAUGGCAGGGAGCGCAUCUUGCCCCCGCCCCCUGCAUGCUGCUGCGUGACCCUCCCGGGCCCGGGGAAGAUGCCGCCGCUGUUAGCAGCAUUGCUCGGAUAACCCUUCCCCAUGUUCUUGCCGCCGCCGCCGCUCCUGCUUCUCAGGCCGGAUAGAGGAUGCUGCCCUGGUCGGAGGGGCGCUGGGACGAGGGGAUCAGCGGCCGUUUCCUUUCCUCCCACUCCGGCCGUUGGGGCUCCCCCUGCUGUAGCCACUAGCUCCUUCGGCGAGCUAUGACUUCAAAGCAUCAGGCGGACUGGAUCCCUUACAGUGUUCUAGAUGAUGAGAGCAGCAAUCUGCGACAACAAAAGCUCGACAGGCAGCGAGCACUGCUAGAGCAGAAGCAGAAGAAAAAACGUCAGGAACCACUGAUGGUUCAGUCCAAUGUGGACAGCCGCACAAGAACACGCAGAAUGAAACAGUCAGAAGAACAAGCACCAUUGGUUGAAUCGUAUCUCAACAGCAACAGCAGCACCAUUUAUCAUGCAGUGCAGGAGGCUGAGCAAGAAGAUGUAAAGGUGAUAGCAGACUCACAAGCUCCGAAAUCAGCUAAAAAAACCAAGGCAGCCACAGGAGGCUGUCAAACUAGCAGCACCAGAAAGGAGAAAAAGGGGAAACACAAAGGAAUUGACGGUCCAGCUGCUUUUCAAGAUGAUGUGCAAGAAAUAGGAAGCCAGGUUCAAAUUCUUACUGUUGGAGAGACUUGCCCAGAUGAGGAUGAUGGCGAUACAAUGGCUAGCAGUCAGCAACUAGGCAAACAGGAUCUUCGAGUAACAAUGCAGAAAAAAGGUAUUUCAAGUAGCAUGAAUUUUGAUGAAGAGGAAGACGAGGAUGAUGAAGACAGUUCAAGUUCCUCCCAGUUAAACAGUAAUACCCGGCCAGGUUCUGCGACAAGCAAGAAAUCUAACAAGGAAACAGCCUCAGGGCCCAGCCCUUCAACAAACAACCCUGUAAUAGACGUUGAUGACCUGGAGGAGUUUGCCGUGAGACCUGCUCCUCAGGGUGUUACUGUCAAAUGCCGGAUCACAAGAGACAAGAAGGGAAUGGACCGUGGAAUGUACCCUACUUAUUACCUCCAUUUAGAAAGAGAGGAUGGCAAAAAGGUAUUUUUGUUAGCUGGGAGGAAGCGAAAGAAGAGCAAAACCUCAAAUUACCUCAUCUCCAUAGACCCAACAGACCUGUCACGAGGAGGAGAGAGCUUCAUUGGAAAACUGAGAUCAAACCUCAUGGGGACUAAGUUUACAGUUUAUGAUAAUGGAGUAAACCCAAUGAAAACAACACUGAGUUUAGAGGCAAGCAAUUUACGCCAGGAGCUAGCUGCUAUUUGCUAUGAAACAAAUGUUUUGGGCUUUAAAGGUCCUCGCAAAAUGAGUGUCAUCAUACCAGGAAUGAAUAUGGACCACGAAAGAGUUUCCAUCAGACCACGUAAUGAGCAUGAAACUCUACUUGCAAGGUGGCAGAACAAAAACACGGAGAGUGUCAUUGAACUGCACAAUAAAACCCCUGUCUGGAAUGACGACACCCAGUCUUAUGUUUUAAAUUUCCAUGGUCGGGUAACACAGGCCUCAGUGAAAAAUUUCCAGAUUAUUCAUGAUAAUGACCCUGACUAUAUCGUGAUGCAGUUUGGCCGCGUAGCAGAGGACAUUUUCACCAUGGACUACAACUAUCCAGUGUGCGCACUUCAAGCCUUUGCUAUUGCCCUGUCCAGUUUUGACAGCAAGCUGGCUUGUGAGUGAACAGGAUGUAGUUGAGCUUCACUCCAGCCAAAACCAUGAGCCACUGGAAGAAAAAGGAAACAGAAGUUCCAGAUUUUCCUCUGGUGUCACCACUGGUUUCAUACUCUAAGGGGGCAGGUAACAUUUGCUUUCUGAAGGACCAACCUUUUUGCUGGGGAGAAAUUAUUUUGAAAUUCAGGACUUUCAGGAAAUAUUUUUGUCCGUCUAUUUUUCUGGAAGUGGCCUCAGAGAUCUGUAAAUAGAAGUCCUAUCGUAUGUCCUCAGUUAUGUUAUGAAGAUGUGCCAUGAUGUACUGUACCGUGGCGUAAGUGAAAACACCAUUGAGAGUGGUGUGUCUUUUUCUAAAUUUAUGAAAGCUAUCUCAACGCAAAUCUGUUUUUAGAUUUAAGGAGUAUUCAGAGGCUGUAAGCAUACCUCAAGAUUGUAUUCAAUACCUUGAGAGCUUCAUGUCACCCACCUUUAGAAACAAGACCACAAGAAAAAAAUGCACUUUUAAAAAAAAACCAGAUGAAGGUGGCACUUAGUCUCAAUGACAAGACUGAACUUGAUUUGUGAUAUUGUUUGUAUGGGAGGGACCUGAUGAAUUUUUAAUUCUUGUGGGGGAUGAGUGGGAAAGAAGUAGGAAGCACAAGUUAAUGUUGCACAAGUCACUUGUAUCCAAGAUGCCAUUUUUUAGCUAUGUUUUAAUUUAAAUCUCACUUUCAGAUGCAAACAGCUUCCCCCUCCAUUGUGAUUUUUAAAAGGGAAAUGUUGGAAACUGACCGUAUGGAUGCUAGAAACUGUAUGUUGUAUUACAAGACAACCAUUCAAUUGUUGUAUUGAACAACUGUUCAAAUUAUUGAUUGAACGAACAAUUCCACUAUUAAACAAGCAAUUCAAAUUUUGGGAAAUUCUCUAAGUCAUACCUGCUUUGUAGGUAUGACAUUCCAGGUUCCAGCUGCUGCACCUUCAGUUAAAGCAUUUGAGGCAGCUGUGCUGGGAAAUACCUUAGAGAACUGCUUCCAGGCAGGGUAGACAGUACUGGGCUAGCUGGAUCACAUCGCUUCAGAUGGGUUUAUGUCAGACAUUUAAUUAUGUGGAUAAAGACUUCUUCAUAUAGCUGCCUCUUCAAGGCUGUUGUUCAGGAGAUAUUGGAAUGAUUAUAAAAUGUUAUUUUUACAGAACUGUCUUGCUCCUUUUCAUUCAAAAUCUGAAUUUUAACAUACGUUAGACUUAAAAUGACUGAUUGUGUCAAUUUUCUAUGGAAGACUCUAACAGUUCUAUAUUGAUUGCUGUAUGAAAGUGCCAGCUACUGAAACUGAAACCAUUAUAUUUUUGCCCAAACAUAUUGGAAAUUAUAUACCAAAAAAAAAACAUGUGUAGCACAUACAGAUUGCUUUAAAAUACUGUAACAUUUUCCUGGAUUUUAAAAGAUACUACUACUUUUCCUUUUUAUUAAUUGAGAAAAAUAUUUCAAAAUACUAGCUCUGCACAUCUCAUUUUCCUGCCUUUUAAACAUAAAAAUACUAGAAGCUAUGAGUUGUAAUUUUGCUCUGAAGGAUGUUUGAACAUUCUUUGGCCCUGACUCAGAGAAAACACAUGCAGCAAGGUGGUGCUUGUAACUGGCAACAUGUAUGAGAAGACAUAAUGUGGUGGCCCCAGGGAGUUCGCCACACCGCAGGCUUUACUGAGAGUUUUCUGCACAGCUUUACUGAAUAAUCAAAAAUUAUCCCAAUAGACUGACGUAAAAAGUCAAAAAUUUUUUACCCUGGAUAUAAAUCGGGCUGCACUCUAAUGUGCAGUGAAAAACCCAAAUUGUGUGUAACGUGCUCCCCAAUAGCCCCUGGUGGCGCAGUGGUAAAACUGCCGCCCUGUAACCAGAAGGUUGCAAGUUCAAUCCUGACCAGGGGCUCAAGAUUGACUCAGCCUUCCAUCCUUCCGAGGUCGGUAAAAUGAGUACCCAGAAUGUUGGGGGCAAUAAGCUAAAUCAUUGUAAACCGCUUAGAGAGCUUCCAGCUAUAGAGUGGUAUAUAAAUGUAAGUGCUAUUGCUAUUGCUAUUGCUAUGUGAACACACAACCUCCUUUCCGGAGGAGAUGUAAGCUAAAGAACUUUAAAAGCCCUGUAUGCAAAACUUCCAUGUGCUGUGGGAAGAUACACUUCCUUUGCUACUUCAUGAGAAGGAUGGGAGUAAACACUUUGAGCCAAACUGGGUAGCAGUUACAGAGAUCACAUUGGGCAAGUUGCAUACAAGUGGAUUUGACCUGGUAAUGGAUAUAUGCAUCCAGUCCUGUAGGCCUACACUUACAUCUGUGCAUGUGAGUCAGCUUAUGCCAACGUAGGAAUGCAGAGGAUAAAUCCCUUUCUGUCUUUUUAUAUACUCAGGUUGGCAUCCUCUUGUAGGAUAAGAUUACCUUUGUGUGGGCAAUGAAUAGAUUCUGUUCUCUAAAUUUAAUGUUGACAUUGCCACCACCCCUAUUCAAGGGGGGUGGAAUUAGCUGGCCUUAUCACAUGACAGACAUAGUAACCACCCCCCUUUUCUAAUAUAAAGAUAGUUCAUCUGGCAUGAGGAGUAGAAUGAAUUCUGUUGGGUGUCUAUAUGGUAGCAGAUUAUAGGGGUGGGGAAAGGUGCCUGCCUCUGUGAGCUUGCAUAAGGCUGGCAAAGGGGAAAGUGGGGUGUAUUGGUCAGAGCGCUGUGAGCUCCCAAAAUACGAAGAACUAGGGGAUUAGUUAUAUGAAUGACAAAACUCCAAAACUUUGCAAGACUGUCCCUUUAUUUAAAUGUUUGCAUAAAAUAUGAUGGCAAAGCUUUAGAAACAUAAACAUCAGUCAGAAGGCAUUGUCGCUAUUGUACAGGACCUUGUGCUUAUUUUUAAACCUUGACAGCAUCUCUGUAUUACUAAAUAUUAUAUAAUGAGAAAAUGACAUCCAAUCAGCUUGGCUCACUGCUUUCAGUGACUGGAGGGGACUGGCUGAGAGGACAGCUUGUGUCCAUUUGGACUCUGUAAUUUCAUUUAGUCAGAUAAACAUGUCCCAUUCUGUGCAUUUUCCCCUGUGGGGUAUCUUUACAAAUAUAAGGACAAGGAGAUUUUGGUGGACAAGAGUUCUAGCAUCUGAAUUUUUGUUGCUUUGUUAAUGGUUUAUUUCAUACAUUCUUUUGAAGAGGGAAAAGCGCCUCCAUGAACCAACAGAAAUAAUGUUUCCCAGCUGUGGUAAUGGGAAGGACUAGACUUGAGUUCAGAAGGUCUAGACUUGAGUUCAGGGUAGGGCCAAUCCAUCAGAAAUGUUCAAAACGACGUCAGGGAAAAUUUGUUUGUUUUAAACAGAUUUUCCUUCUUCAUUAUCAUAGCAAGAAAGCCCAUAUUUUAUCACCAAGAAAGUCCAAGUGUUGGUGUUCAGGAGCACCAUUUCAACUUUGGGAAAUGGAAGCAAGAUCCACACAAAGUGUUGGAAUGUGUUUAUUACACUGACUGAGAACCACGGAGAAGACCAUGCCAGGAGCAACCCAACCCCUGGACAUUUCAAUUUGAAAUAAUUUGCUAUGGUUUCCAUAGAUGCAAGAGAUGUGUAUUCAGUAACUCAUAGCUCAGAAAUGCAUCUUCAGAGUAAUAACAAAAAUAAUAUUUUGAGGGGAAAGCUGGUUUUUAAUUCUGUGAGAAUGUAUGCUUGUGUGUCUCUGUGUAUGCGCUAAGUUGGUGCCAUUCAUUAGGAGGCCUUGAAUGAAGCAAAUGUUGAGGGAAAAUGACAUUUUAAAAGGGAAAGGGUAGAGGGUUAUCAAAUUAUGUGUAGGGUGGAGAGAGUGAGUAAAGACAACUGGUUUACUUGCUCUUAAUACUAAAAUUUGAGGUGAAUGUUUAUAAUUGAUUAGCAGGAGAUUCGGGACAGAUAAAAAGAAACUUCUUUAUAAUUCACAUAAUUAGUUUAUGGAAAUUCACUACCACAGGAAGUGGUACUACCUUAGAUGGCUUUAAAAGAGGAUUAGACAAAUUCAACUGCUAAGUCUACCAGUUGGUUUUAGACAUUCUUCCCAAAUGGAACGUUCACUUUCAGAGGCAGUUUGCCACUGAAUACAGCUUGCUGGUGAGGUCAGUUGCUGUCAUUCCUGCUUGUGGGUUUCCUGAAACAUCAGACUGCCCACUGUGGCUGACGUAAUGCUGGUCAAGAUAGACUUUUGAUCUGAUCCAGCAAGACUAUUUCCUAUGUUCUUAGGAAAAUUAUUUCAAGACUCUUGAAUAUAGUUGAUGUACUUUAAGUAGGGCACUUCUUUUUACAAAAGUAAGUGAAUUUGUUCCCUCAGCAUACCAGUCAGUUGGAUGACUGGUGUUCUCCAAGCUGGGGCAGCAGAAUUAAACCCUUCCUGGAAGUCUCACUCUGCCCUGAAAAAGCUUUAUUCUACUCCCACAUAUGUGGGAGGUGUUGAUUGUUUCUAAGUGGUGAGGAUUGUCUAUUUGCUUGUGCUCACAGUCACUUGUGUUAUUUCACACAAUACAGGGCUGAGACCUGGCAUUUGAAACAGGUUCAGGAGCUGAAACAGGACCCAAAAUAAACACUAUUAACUAUUAAACACUAUUGCACCACAAUAUCUAACUGUUAUUAAAAACUAUUAUUGCACAUCAGUAAUGGUGUAUUAACUAUAGUCAAUGCACUAUAAACUAUUAAACCUUAAAAUAAACACUAAUACUGACAUGAUGUGCAGUGUUGCAUUGCUGGAGUGCUGCAUGCUGUGGCUGCUGCAAACUGGCAGUCCCGAUACUGCUUAGAACCAGCAAUUGUGCAAGCAGUGCUUCUAUAGUUAUUCCCAUUCACCACAAUGGGAAUAACUGUGACAACACUGAUUGUGCAAUUGCCCAUUUUUAAGAGCAUCUGGCCUGCCUGCUCAUCCACAGCAGGCCUGGCAUGAAGUAUUCUGGCACCAGGACACUGUGCAUCAUGUUAUCACUGUUUCUCUGCGAAAAGACAUAGUAAAAUGUCACCAGUUUAUGAGCAAGGGUAGGGUUUCUUUAAAAUAAUCUUAGGGUAGAAAUCAUUUAUUUACUUUUUUUAAUGGGUUGCCUCUUCUAAAUGCACCUCAUUUCACAAUAAAAUCUACACUCUACAUAGCAAUUUCAACAGCAGUAGGCGACCUGCAUGGAGGAAUUUCAGCAUCUUUCUAGAUCCCAAAGCUGUGACCUGAAUGGUCCUAAAAUGUGAGAUUCUCACCAUAAAAGCACAACCUUGAGUGUGUAUGUGAGAACCAUGUGAAACAAAUCAAGGGGCAAAUGUACAUUUAUUUUGCAUUAAGUUGAUCAUGCAGAAGAAUCCUCAGUAUGUCCAGCCACCUUUCUGUGAGCAGACCCCACACAGAAGUCAUGAAAUAAGCCCUAGUAGUCUGAGUUUGUGGUGCAAGAUCUGUCUUUCCUGAUUCCAUGUAAAAUUGCAACAUUCCUUCAAACAAUAUGGUGGAUAUAGUGUCUUCUUCCAAUGAACAGAUGAAGAAUGAAUAUAAUAGGUUAUGGAUUCCCAUUUUUAUAUUAAAAGAAACAGCAUCUAGGUUUUCCUUUUAAGGAUGUUGCCUUCCAGUACACUUAAAAGGAGUCUCUGAUAUUUCUAAGAUCACCAUUAAGUUAAUAUUGGAAGAAGCAUAAUGUGGGAUGCUGUGGGAGAAUUGUAUAGGUAGAACAUUUCAUAAAAACUGGUUUUGCUGGCUGACAUGAUUUGCAGCAUUAUACCUGCAUGCCAGGGCUGCUACUGCUGUGGCUGCUUGCACCCCCACCCGCACUGCCCAGGCAUGUGGUGGUCUCUCUUUAGCAAGCUGCCACCAUGUGGGUGAUUUGCCGUGGGCUGGGGUAGCACAGUGCCAGCAGCCAUGCCGGGCUGGUAAGGACUUUAAACUACUUCUCUUGCUAUCACCCCAGUCGCCCUUUAGUGGAUUCCCCAACCCCUUUACUUGUAAAGAGGAAUCCUCACCAAAUUCCCCUUUACAAGUAUAGCUGCUCGAACUGCUGAACCCGUUUGGUCAAAUGGACUGGCUGGUCGGUUUGACUGAACCAGUUCAUCGACAGGCAGUUCAGUUUAAAUUCAAUCCAAAUUUGACCCAAAACACGAUUUUUGGUUCAUGCCCACCCCUGCUCAUAUGCAGCUGAAAUCAAGACUUGAAUUUCCUAUUUGGCCACACCCUCCAAAACAGGCAGCAGCCAUGUUGCCUCUGCUGUGACAUCAUUGCUGCUCUCUUUCUUUGAGGGCUGGUCAUCCCAAGUAUGGGGAAUCAUGUUUCCUGCAGUAAUCUGACAAAAAAUAACCAUGAUUUUGAAAAAUCCAGAAGGUACAACAUGGUGUGUUCCACUGUGCAAGAGCACAACAAAAACCAGGAGGGAAAGUCUGCAUGUACCUACAGAAAACAAGCAGUGGAAAACUUGGAAAGAUGUAGUGAGAAGAUAAAAGGUCAAAGGUGUUCAGUGUGAAAGCCAUGUUCACAUGUCAGGACUAUUUCAAUGUUAGUACGAAUAAAUUAUAUAUAUUUCUUAUACUCCAAUAUUGUAUUUUUAUUUGAUUUUUUCUGUCCCCCUUUUAUAAAAAGGGAGCAGCUGUGUGGAGAAGGGGGGUUUAACAGUUUCGUAGGAAUGGAGAGCACAAAGUUAGUAUUACAGCUAGUUUUAUGGCAUGCCAGUAUACAGUAAAAUUAUUUUGAUUUGAUUUUUCUCUGCCUUAAAAAAAGGGGGGGGGAGUAACUGUGUGGAGAUGGGGGAGGUGAACACUGUCUGUCUCCUGCUCCUUUUGCCCUAGUAGCAGCUGAGAAUUUGUUAGGGCUGGUUAAAUCUGUCCCUCUAACCUGCAGAAAGAGAAAUCUCUUGAAAAUAGGCAACCAUUAUUGCAUUUAAUUUAUUUAACCCAUGUCCCAAGGGUAGAUUGGCAGUGUUAGUAUUGCUGCUUCUAUUUUGUUUCAUUUUACCAUCUGUGUAUGGUGGACAAACUUGUACCAGUUGGAUAUCUGCCUGUCAUAUGUACAAGUCCUGGGCCCACUGGUUCUUUAGCAGCCUUUUCUGCUUAUGAGAUACAAUGCUGGAGAAUUGUAAAAGCCAAAUAGGAGCACUGAGGCCUUGCAGUUAUGAAGUAAAAUGAAGUGAGAGGCCACUGUCAUAUAGAAGAAAUUAAGGAAGAGGCCACUGUCACAGCUAGACAGCCAAGGCCUAUGCAGUUGAGCCAAUAUUUACCUUAAAUAUUGUUAAAUAAUCUGUACUAAUGGUUAAAUAAUCUGUAAUAAUGGUUGCCCUUUAUUUGCAAGAGAUUUCUCAUUCCCUGGGGGUGGAUUUUACCCACCCUGACAGAAGUUCUUCUCAGCUGUUACUAGGGUGAAAGACAAAGAGAGUAGGAGACAGGCACUGUUUCCCACCCUUUUCUUCACAGAAUCGCUCUCCCCACCCCUCCCCUUUUUUUAAAGGGAGAGAAAAAUCAAAAUAUUUUCCCCUAUACUAGCACACCAUGUAAGAGGACAAGGUUUUGGGGAGGGGAGAUUUUUUAAGCUAUAAAAUUAGCUCUAAUUUGUGGUCUUCACUCCCUUCAUCUCCACUCCAAAAUAAUCUUCAUUGUCAGUGAAGAAAUUUACAGUUAUGCAGGAAUCUACACACGGCAGAUUGCCUGAAUUUCCAAAUCCUUUUUCAGUCUUUUUCAGUAAUCAGCACAAAACCAGUCUACACAAUUCAGUCAGUCCUCCCACACAUAUCAGAAGGCUGCAGGGAGAUUGAGCAGCACUGAUGUCAUAAUUACCUCAGCCAAUGAGAGAGUGUUUUUGCCAUACUAGGGAAAUGUGACUCUUUAAAGGGGGUUGGUUUUUUUAUUUUUUACAAAUUACACAGACAAAAAAAAUUGCAACUCUACCGAAUGGUGAGCUGCUAAUGGAUUACUACUAUUAAAAUGCUAUAUUAGAUUUAGGAGACAUCCCCAUUCUAAUAGAUCUUGCUUAGUAUCAAGGAUGGCCCUUCCAUGAGAUAAAGUGAGGCAGUUGCUUCCGGCUGCAGAUUACUGGGGAAAGAGCAAACUGGCAAGAUUUUCUUUUUCCACCUGCUUUUUAAAAUGGGUGAGAGAAGGGGAGGAAGAUACACAAAAGGAAGGUGGCAUUUGUGACUCUACCUCAGGUGCACAAACGUCUGGAGCCGCCACUGCUUAGCACCCAACUUCAAGGUUUCAAGAUGCCAGAUCAUUUGAUUCUGGAUUAGUGCCUACUUAACACCCCCCAAAUGCAUCUGUUUUCUUGAAUAACUAGCGUUAGCAUAGAAGAAUGAGAAAUGAAAGUGCUGCUACCUCCAGGAGCAACAAGAUGACAUCUUUAUGGUAGAUAGUUUGGCAGUGGUAAAAGAGGGUAUAAUGAAUAAAGCCUCCACGGUAAGCCUCCUUUUUCUCCUUCCUUCCCACCUGUCCAAACCCUGCAAAGAACUAAAAGCAGAGAUUUUAAUGCUAUGUAAAACUGGAAUAAAAGUAAGUAGAUGGUUAGCCAUAAACGCUUCUACACUUUCAGGACAAUCUCUUAUCUUUGCACAGCUUCCUUCUUAGAGGUGGCCUUAUUCCAGCGGCAGAAAUGUCAAGGUGAUUGUUGUGUAAAUGUCAGGGAAAUGGAAGAUUAGGGUGUAUUGCUCCUGCAGAAUGAGAAUGAAAAUGAAAAGCAAAUAAAUUAAGCCAAGCUUAGUAAAACACUUUAGGAAUUAUAUUCCAUUUCUAUCCCUGCUAUAUUGUUCCAAGAGUUGUGAUUAAUAAAGUUUAUACUGUGUCUUGGUGCAUAUCCUUCUAGAAUCCUUUGUGCAAACGGGGAACAUCUUGUUUUAAGCAUCUCCUAAAAGAAGGGGGGGAGCUAGUGCUUGGUAGAUGAAAGUUUUAUUUUGACAGAGUAAAAACUGUAGCGUGCACAACAUGGAUGAGAAAUUACUUAAGGGUAAGCUGCCAUGCAGUCCUAUCCCAUGUAGGUUUGAAAGUUUAUACUCACUUGCCCCAGAGGUUCAGUGUGCAUAUUAUUGUAGCCUAAAGGAACCAUCUUUAUAAGCAAGAACAGAUUCCAUUGUCCUCUUGAAAAAACAUGGUAGUAUUGGCUGAUAUGAGGAAAAUUACCCAAAGUAAUCUCAUUGAAGCAAAGUCAUAAGUUAGGCAAUAAACAUAUGCAGCCAGAAAUGUAUGUGUACAGCACCAGUGGCCCUGCUUCUGAAAGAUGGGUAUUCAUACAGGGGGGGCAAUUUCUGGGGGAAGGAGGGAUUGGUGAAAGUCAUGCCCUGCCCGCCGCACAUGCAUCUGUGCUUCAGAAGUAGGGCCGCAAGAACUGCUCUUGUGCUUUGUGGGGGCUACAUGUUAGUAAGAUGGUCAGCCAGUGCUUGCAACCAAAUCCUGUUCCCAGCCCUAUAUGAAGAUGCCAAGGAUUGAAGUUGUCACCUCUCUCAUGUAAAGCACGUGUGUUACCACUGAGCUAAAGACCCACAGAUCCAAGUACAAUAGGGCACAAUGUGGUUUUUACUCUGCUAUAUAAAACAUUCCAAGCACUAGCAUGAGGUUUGUCUGUCUUCUUUUUUUGGCUUCUGUUUUGUCCUCCCCCUGCCCUUUUUUGCCUGUCUUCAGUUCAGCAAGAGAGGCCUAUGGGCAUAAGCAGCCUUCUGCAAGUGUUGCUGAUUCAGAGGGGCACGUGGCAUAGAUCUUUUACACCCUUCCUGGUAGGUUUUCUAUUCCACCUAGAUAGUAAGCCCAAUCUUCUGCUGAACUAGACAAUAUAUAGUCUAGUCUUCCCUCCCCCCACCAAAAGGGGGAAGUAGUACUUAGUCCUUUCCCCACUCUCUGUUCCAAAUCAUCCCCACAACCACCAGCUAUUUAAUGUGCUGAGCAUGCAGAUGGGAGGGGCUUGUAGUCAGCAUGAGAUGGGUAAGACGAAUUGCAGCAGGGAGGCAAAGUCAACAGUGGCGCAGUUUUGAGCAACAUCAUUUGAGGGUGCACCAGCCGCCCUUUCAUGCUUUUUUUUUUUAACCCAACCACUGGCCCACAUACCACACAGUGUCCUGCAAGCCAUUUGUGCUUUGCCUGCACUGUUGCUUUAAAAUGACCAUAGUUGCACAAAAACACUUGUGCAAAUGCAGUUGUGUGACACUCCAGUCAUUGGAAAUAAUGGUCAUAUUUUUGCACAACUACAUUUAGUCAUUUGGGGGGCAUUCGUACAACAGCUUUCAUGCGCAACUAUGGCAAUUUUGUUUUACAUGCCCUCAGCAGCACAGAAAUUGACUGUGGGACACUGCAUAGCAUGUGAGUCACUGUUUCCGUCCUCUUGAGUUGAGACUUUUGUGGAAUUUUUUCCAGUUUGAUAUUUUCUCCUUGUCUUAUACCACUGCAUAUAAGAACAGUUUAGAGGCACAACUCUAUAAAGAGAGCCCUUUGUUCUGUCACAGAUUCUGAGUGCCUUCCAACUUGCAGGAAAGAGAAACUGGAAAUGGAUAGAGUUACAAACAGAAGAAAUAAGUUGUAAAGGAAUCCAGCCUUGAAUCCUUUGUGUUAAUGUAUACACAGAAGUGUAAGAGGCAGAUAUGAAUGCUUGAGAGAAAAUAAUUGAGAAGCAGAAAGUAAGCUAAAUUAUGCCAAUGGGCAAUGGCCAUCUGUGAUUGUGUUAACAUUUUCAUAAUGAUCAUGAGCAGGGUGGUGCUUGCUGUUAAUGAAAAGAGCAGACUGCAUCCCCUGUCCCUAUAAACAGUUCUGUACUGAUUAAGCAGAAGAAGAAGAAAAGGCUUGUCCCAUAAACUUCAAAUUCCAUUUUCUUAGAUGGAUUAACUAGAAUAUGUUUUAGGUUUAGCUCCUCUAACAUCCCAAUACCCCAGUAUGUCCAUACCAUUGCCUUUGUGUGGCUUUAUUUUUUAAAAAGGGUUCACACAAUAAAAGUGCUUUGGUUUUCUCUCUCUCACACACACAUCAGGUAUUGAUUUCACAGCACUUCUCUAAACAAGAUCAGCUACAAGAAAUUGAAUAUCUACAUAGCAAGCAUAAACUGUAUUAACAAUCAUCCCUUCACCUUUGGAGCAUAGUUGUUUGUGUUCUGCAAAACUCUUCUUUGGUCGCUAAUAAUGGAGUCUCUUCUUGCUCUAGUCUAGGUCAUGCUUGUAGUUAUUAUUGCUGUCACUUCAGGUGCUGAUGAGGCUCCAAAGAUCUAUCCAGCAUAGUGGAGUGUGUGUCCUGGAAUACUUCCUAGAACCCUCUGCAACUGAUAACGGUUCUGUGGCAGGUGUGUAGGCAGAGAUCCCUGGCAGAUAAACUAACGUGAAGAGUCUUUCCUGAAGGCAGAACUUCUGAAAACCAUAGCUUUUAAAAUUUGUAGCACCCUCACCAGACACUUGCCAGCAUUCUGUGGAGGGAAAACCAGUAUACAUAGGUAGUGUAGAUUUGCCUUAAAUUUUGCUCUCAAAUUGAUUUAUAAAGAAUUAUAUCCCACUCUUCUUCAAAGUGAAUAUCACUGACAAAUUGCAAAAUAAAUUAAAAAUACAUCAAAAAACCUAAAAACAACAUAAAAACCACACUGAAAAUAAUAAUAGGAUUUAAAAGCCUUGCAAAAUAUCUUCAGCAGCAGUCUUAAGAUGGGUAAAUAGGGAGCCUGAUGGUUCUCUCUGGGGAGAAAGUCCCAAAGAUGUGGUGCCACCACCAUGGAAAGGGCCCUGGCUAACAUUCCCUACAACACUCCAGCAACAGAAGAAGCCCUGUGGGGUUGCAAAGAACUUGGAAACUCGUUGCAUUCCUUCUUUCUUCUGCAGCCCAGCAGCAGCUGAGGCGGUGGUGGGUAGCAAUUUUCACUGCUUCCCCCUCCCUCCUAAAGGAUUAUGUUCACUUGCAGGAAUGUGUCCCUGAGCUAGUUCCCAAGCUGUGUGUGUCCCUGCAGGAACGUCCCUCCACAUUGUUGGAGCCCUGCAGGAAUGUCUACUGCUCUAGUGCUCACCAACCAGGUAUCUGUUCAAGAUGGACUAAGAAGCAGAGCACCAAAUGCCGACUUAAGAGUUCAGGCAGGUCUGUAUGGGAGCAGGUAGGUCCUAAAAAGGACCUGAUCCCAAAACAUUCAGGGCUUUAAAAAUCAAAACCAGCACCUCAAAUGAUACCCAUUGAUGGGCCAGCCAAUGAAGUUAGUGUAAAGCCAGUGUAAUAUGGACCAAGUAUCUUGCUUCAAGCAAUCUAGCAGCUAUGCCACUGUUUUGAAAUGUAUCCCAGCAAAGACUGGUACACAAUUUGGCCACCUGACUAAUGUGCCUUACUCACAAAACACUUUGAUUGCUACGUUAUUAUUUACGCAGUUACUGCAUCUUUUUAUUUAGAGUGAGACAAUCUAUUGGGGGAAGAGUCCAUGCAUAUUCAGAAUGAGACAAAUCGCACAUCUCCAGUUUUGAACACUAAGGUCCAAACUCCACAUUAUGUUAAAUGUGUCCUGACAUGCCUGGUAAUUUCUUUGUAAACAGAUUGAGUCUACAGUGUGAGAAAAGGAGGCUUUUGCCCUUUGCCCCAGAGUCCCAGUCCAGCUUGGACUCCACCUGCAAGUUGCACAAGAAAACCCAAGCAUGCCAGGCCAAACUCUAAUGUUUGCUCUUUAACAUAAUCCAGUCUUCUGGCAUUCGAAAGCAUAAACUGUCAGGUUAAAAUGGAUUUCUUUUUAAAAGUAACUUUUGAAACUGCCACCAAGUGACAACUUAAAAGUGCAGCUGUUUAAAUGUAUCGACUAUAGGUGGUACAGAAAAAAAUCCUGCAGGGCACACAUUUUAAAAGCUACAGUGCCAACGUACUGUAGAUAAAGGCACUACACUAAGUAGUAAAGUGCAUUUGCUAUCACUAAACGCAUUUCCAUCCACAGAGCCUUUGGUUUACACUGGCAAGCCUGAGGCUCACAAUGUAAUACUUAGGGUGGCAAUGAAUUCAUACAAAAUUAAGGAAGCACAAAUGCCUAGAGGGUGAGCUAAAGGCUUAUUCAUUUUAAUAUGCAUUCAUACAUUUAGCCCACUAAAAACUGUAAUGCUAUAGGCAGAUUCUGAUAUUCUGAAAGCACAUGGAAACCAUUUUGCUUUCCCCCCACUUAGGCUUCUUUGACACAAACAGCUGAACUCAUUGCAAAACUGUACUGCUGCAUGUUUAGGGGCAGGAAUCACUUUUGAAUAAUAAUAAUUAUUAUUAUUACUACUAUAUUUAUAUAUAUAUAACAACAAUUAUUAUUAUUAUUUCUUGUUUACACAGACAGGUGUUAUUGACUGGUUUGUUUUAUCCAGACAUCGAGUACUUCCCAAGGACCUGGGAUGGCUGAAUUUUAUUGUCAAUUGUUAUAGAUAUCGUUGCAGAAUAUAGGCUGUUCCCAGUAAAGCUGCUUUUUGUAAUUGGCUGAUGGUGAUUUCUGUGGCCCCUACGGUGCUGAGGUGCUCUUCAAGGUCUUUUGGAACUGCACCCAGGGCACCAAUUACCACUGGGAUUAUUUGGGUCUUUUUCUGCCACAGCCUUUCAAUUUCAAUUUGUAGAUCUUUGUAUUUGGUGAUUUUUUCUAUUUCUUUUUCUUCUGUUUUGCUAUCCCCUGGUAUUGCUAUGUCGAUUAUUUUAAUUUGUUUUUCUUUCUUCUCAACUACAGUUAUAUCUGGUGUAUUGUGUGGCAGAUGUUUGUCUGUUUGUAGUUGGAAGUCCCAUAAUAUUUUUACAUCUUCAUUUUCUUCAACUUUUUCAAUUUUAUGGUCCCACCAAUAUUUGGCUACAGGUAGCUUGUAUUUUUUGCAGAUGUUCCAGUGUAUCAUCCCUGCUACCUUGUCAUGCCUUUGUUCGUAGUCAGUCUGUGUGAUCUUUUUACAACAGCUGAUUAGGUGGUCCACUGUUUCAUCUGCUUCUUUACAAAGGCGCACUUGCUGUUUGUUGUUGAUUUUUCGACUUUUGCUCUUAUUGCAUUUGUUCUUAGUGCCUGUUCUUGUGCAGCCAGUAUUAAACCCUCUGUUUCUUUCUUCAAGUUGCCAUUUUUAAGCCAUUGCCAGGUCUUGGUGAUGUCUGAUUUUUCACUUAUAUUGUGCAAAUAUUGACCAUGCAGGGGCUUAUUUCUCCAUUUUUCUGCUCGGUUCUUGACUUGUUCUUUCUUGUAGGCCUGCUUUGUUUCAGUGGUGUUGAAUAGUUUCACAUUAUUGACCAUUUGAAGUGCAUCUUCUUCACUGUCCUUGAUAUAUUCUUCAAGGCUUCUUUUCUCCUCCUCUGCUGUUUGAUGGACUUGCAGCAUUCCUCUUCCACCUGAGCUGCGAGGGAGGUAUAGCCUAUCUACAUCACUGCGGGGGUGCAGAGCAUGAUUGAUGGUCAUGAUUUUCCUGGUAUUAUUAUUAUUAUUAUUAUUAUUAUUAUUAUUAUUUCUAUACCACCCUUCCAACAAUGGCUCUGGGCGGAAUACCCUCCCACAUAGACAACGAGUACAUUGGGGAGAGGACUGACUAGGCUAAACACCUUCUUCCUAAUAACUAUCUAUUCCUAAUAACUAUCUGCAGAGAGGGUGCUAUAAACAAAACAAAAACAAACAAACAGGGACUAUCAGUUAUGUGAUCCUUCUCCUUUUUAGCCUGUAAUAGUAUACCAACCAGGAACAGUUGUGACAUCAUCUCCUGUUUGUGUGGGCAAUUGUUAAAGAUGGGUUAUCUGCAGUUCUGGGAUGGGCUUAUGCAGAGCUUGCCGCUUGUUGCAGCCAAUCCUUUGCAGGUUUAGGCAUGCCUAAGCCAAACUGAUCUCAAUAGUCUCCAAGGUUAAAUUAGACAGGACUUUAAUCAGGCUACUGGCCCUGCUGUGCUUGCUUUUUUAAAUAGCACACCCCAAUCUGGAUUGGGGCAGGGCAAUAUAGGAGGGCUUGCAUGUGAUUUUCUGGGUGUGGGGAAGCUUUAGUUGAAAGCCUAAGUUUGCCUUACUCUGCAUAGGAUUGCAGCUUUAAUUAUUUCCACCAUUGUGUCUGUUAGUGUCAUUCAGGAUGCAACCAGAUGAAACAGCAGGAGAUCUGUGAUAUUAUCUGUAAUUCUCUUACCUAGUUAUUUCCUCAUUUAGGCAUUUAUGAAUGACUGGGUAGAGGUUAGCCCACUAAGAAUUACCAAUUACAACAAGGGUAGUAGGAAAAGUAAUUCUCAUGGGAGAGGCACAGCCUUUGUACUUCCAGCUAGUGGUCUGUAAUCAUGCUUGGCACUGGAAGCAUUUUUUUAAUCUGGUAAAAGCUCCUACCCUUCUCGGGGGCCUGGAUAGGGGCUCUCCUGGACUUUGUGAUAACCAGAAAUAUGACAUCUCUCAGUAUGGCUCAGUAUGACUGGGUCAACAGCCCCUGCCUGCUGAUCCUGGAGGAAAUGGCCUGGAUCACCCUAUACAGCAGUUGUGCAGGGCCUGCAAAGAACUCUGCCUGCCCCCCCUGCCGACCUCAUGGCAGACAUUUAUUUUGAGCAUUUAAAAAAAGUCUGUCAGUUUUAUUAUUUCCUGUGAACCAUAAUUGGUUAAACUACACGCACACACACACACAUUCACACAUACCACUUGAUGCUCAGGGAAUGGAUUGCCACUGAGAUUGUGAUCAACUUACAAAACUGCAGGUUUCAGAAUCAGGGCUUUGACAUCCUGGUUAUGGAAUAAAACCAUGUAAGAGACUGAGGAGAAAACUGUAAUUGUGAGAGUAAAACACAACAAGGAUGUGUAUUGCAAGUUGUAGCUUACAUAUUCAGAAAGCCAAAUGAUCAGUCACAAACAGAUGGACCCCAAUUCUGAUAAGACCUAUAACUCUCCAUAAUGGCAUGGUGGUAUGUUCACAGUUAUUCUGAAGGGCCCAUCCCAUCACAAACCAAGUAUAGAAGUACAAAGCCUCUGAAAUAUUGGAUGGAUUCAGAUGACACAGAACACACCAAACCAGAGUUUGGCAAUGAACCUGACUUCCAGUUAUGUUGUGUGAAGCUGCCAAUGUUGGCUUCUUCUGCCCAGCUAGAGCCAACAUCUGUGACUGACUUCAGUUAUUGGUUACAGCUUCCAGAUUGUAAGCUGGGCAGAAUAAACUGACAUUAGAAGGUUCACAUGACAUGACCAGGGGGCUCGCUUCAGUGCCAAAGCUGACAUUCACCAUGUCGUGUGAAGCUAACCACAGAAAAUAUAUAAGGCCAGCACUGAUUGAUUUUAACCGUUUUAUGAUAUUUGUGAACCGCCCUGAGCUAUUCUGUAAGGGCGGUCUAGAAAUUGAACAAAUAAAUAAAUAAAUACAGAUUUGCAGGACGGAACCCAGAAUAUCUGGAAUAUUUAACUCAUGGGGGAGGGAGUGCUUGGUUUUUAAUUCCAGCUUACUUACUUUAUAAUGUAGAGAGCAGAAAUUGCAGGUGCUAAGUGAAUGAAGUUUGCUAACAGUUUUCUGUCCCAUGGCUAACAUUUUCUAAUCAUCACUGUGCCUUUCUUAAAAACAAACCAAUGACCAUUCUAGUAGAAUUUGACAAUGUUCCUGUCUCAAUUUGUUUUCAGUUAUGUUUGGAUAAAAAAAAGAGAGAGAGAGAGAAGUGGGCUAAGAAUAAUUAGGACUGAGAACAAAUAUUUAAGCAGUCAUAUUUUUGCAUAAUGCUUAGAAUGUGUUAUGUCAAUUUGCACAAGACUGUCUUGUCCCGUUUGAGUGGUCGGGCAUUCUUUUGUUUGUUUACUUCAGAAUAUAUGGAGUUUUAGAUAAAUCUGAGAAAACGUGCUUUUAUGAAGUCAAUUUUUAAACACACAAUUUGGUAUUCUGAAGGAGAUGUAUUUAUUUAUCAGUAUGUGUAUAACUAAUUUGGUAUUUUCAAAUAAUUACAUUGUGUAUGUUCUAGAGAUUGCAGUAUGUGUCAAUACAGGAAAUCUGUGCAGAAAAACAAUUAAACUUGAAUUUGUUUCAAAGAA